UGGAGGCCCCACGAGGGAAGAGCCCAGGGGAACCUCAGCCAGGCCACCUGCCUCCCACUGGGAGCCCUGACAAAGACCUACAAACAGCAGGGCCCCCACCUGCCCACUGCUCCUUGUCCAUCAGCAAUACCUGGACAGCUGAGAGGAAGAAACCAUGGAAGCAGACAGGACUCAGAUAAAGCUUGACCCCAGGUAUACAGCAGAUCUUCUGGAAGUACUUAAGGCCAACUAUGGGAUCCCUUUCGACUGCUUCUCUUCCCCACCCACAGCCACUCAGCUGCUGAAAGUUCUAAGUCCCACUGAAAUAGCACUCACUGUCCUCAUGACCUUGCUGUCCCUGAGCUCUGUGGUCAUUUAUGUAGAAGAUGCUGUAUACCUGUACAAGAACACCCAGUGUCCCAUCAAGAGGAAGACCCUGCUCUGGAGCAGCUCAGCACCCACGGUCGUGUCUGUGUUCUGCUGCUUUGGCCUCUGGAUCCCUCGGUCCUUGAUGUUUGUAGAAAUGGCCAUAGUCUCGUUUUAUGCUGUUUGCUUUUACCUGCUGAUGCUGCUCAUGGUAGAAGGUUUUGGGGGCAAGGAGGCAGUAGUGAGGACAUUGCAGGACACCCCCAUGAUGGUGCACACAGGUCCCUGCUGUUGCUGCUGCCUCUGCUGCCCCAGAAUCAAACUUACCAGGAGGAAACUUCAGGUGCUGAUGCUGGGCCCCUUCCACUAUGCCUUGUUAAGGAUAGCCCUGGGCCUGGUGGGCGUCUUCCUCACCCCUGACGGCCUCUAUGACCCAGGAGAUAUCUCUGAGACGAGCCCAGCUCUAUGGAUCAACACUGUUCUCGGAGUGUUCACGCUUUUGGCACUCUGGUGCCUGGCCAUCGUCUUCCGUCAAGCCAAGCUGCACCUGGGUGAGCAGAAUAUAGGAGCCAAGUUUGCCAUGUUCCAGGUGCUCCUCAUCCUCACUGCCCUGCAGCCAUCCAUCUUCUCAGUCCUGGCCAAUGGUGGACAGAUUGCUUGUUCACCUCCCUUUUCUUCUAAAAUCAGGUCUCAAGUGAUGAAUUGCCACCUCCUCAUAGCAGAGACUUUCCUGAUCACAGUGCUCACACGAAUAUACUACAGAAGGAAGGACGACAAGGUUGGAUAUGAGCCUUUCUCUUCACCAGACCUUCGUUAGAACCUCAAACAAGGAGGAUGAUGUACGAUUGUACGAUCAGAGACUUUGUACUACUUCAAGGGG